UACAAGUCUUUGGGGAAUUGGCACAGGCAGGAGAGAGAAAGAGAGAGAGACCCAUACCAAUGCCAAGAACAAGAAAUCAGAGAGCCCAAGCAAAAAAUCCAAUCCGAAUCCCCUCCAAAAACCCACCAAACAAUCUCCUCCAUCUCCAAGAACAAGAACAAGAGAGCAUCCUAGAACAUUAGGGGAUAAAGGAGGAGGAGAAGAAGACCAAGAAAAGUUUCGAGAGGAGAGGGAGGAGAGUUCAAGAACUUGGAGAGAAGGGGAUGGAUCCGGUGUUGCUGGACGACAUCAUCCGGAGGCUUAUCGAGGUGAAGAAUCUGAAGCCGGGGAAGAACGCGCAGCUUUCGGAGUCGGAGAUUAAGCAGCUCUGCGCAACCUCCAAGGAGAUCUUCCUGAAUCAGCCCAACCUGCUCGAGCUCGAGGCCCCCAUCAAAAUCUGCGGUGAUGUUCAUGGACAGUAUUCUGAUCUCCUGAGGCUGUUUGAUUAUGGUGGGUAUCCACCUCAGUCCAACUAUCUCUUCUUGGGCGAUUAUGUGGACCGGGGAAAGCAAAGCCUUGAGACGAUAUGCCUUCUUUUGGCUUAUAAGAUCAAGUACCCUGAAAACUUCUUCCUACUCAGAGGCAACCAUGAAUGUGCAUCGGUCAACCGCAUCUAUGGAUUUUAUGACGAGUGCAAGCGCAGAUUCAGUGUAAAACUCUGGAAGACUUUUACUGACUGUUUUAACUGCUUACCAGUGGCAGCAUUGAUAGAUGAAAAGAUUCUUUGUAUGCACGGAGGUCUUUCUCCAGAGUUGAAUAAGCUGGAUCAAAUACUCAACCUCAACCGCCCCACGGAUGUGCCUGAUACUGGGUUACUUUGUGAUCUCCUUUGGUCCGAUCCAUCCAAUGACGCACAAGGGUGGGCUAUGAAUGAUCGAGGUGUCUCAUAUACAUUCGGGCCAGACAAAGUGUCUGAAUUUCUUGAGAAGCAUGAUUUAGACCUCAUCUGUCGAGCCCAUCAGGUUGUCGAAGAUGGGUACGAGUUCUUUGCUAACCGCCAACUUGUAACAAUAUUCUCGGCCCCUAAUUACUGUGGAGAAUUUGAUAAUGCUGGUGCCAUGAUGAGUGUAGAUGAUACACUGAUGUGCUCUUUUCAAAUACUAAAACCAGCGAGGAAAAUGUUGGGUGGUUCCACGAAUUCCAAAUCCGGCUUCAAGUCACUGAGAGGGUGGUGACGAUGAGCAAAGCUGUGAUCUGAUCUGCUGGCGCAUGUCUUCUACAGCGGCUGCGACUAACCGGCAUUUUCGCCUACAGCUCGGGUCCAUAAACAGCGAAGCAGAUAGAAAUGUGUACAACUUUCCAGCCGAUGGAACUGUACAUCAUCGUUCAUGUUGGAUUAACACUUGUUGUAAUGUAUUAUUGGUUUUACCAUGCGGAUCUCUUAUCAUAUGAGAGGAUGUGAAUGAAAACUGUUCUCCCGUCCUCCCCCCUAAAUUCAGAAAAGUUCAGACAGAAGGACUCCAAUAAAAAUAGCUAGAAUCGAAUGCUUUUGAACCAAAUUUCCAUCCAGUGAGCACCAGUGCUAACAUAGUUAUAUCCCAAGAGGUAGUCCCAUUGAACCUGCUAUUACUGAAUUUUUCUGCCCUUUUUA